UGCUUUGGCAAGGUUUUGAUAAAUUGUGAGCGUGGAUAGAUCUGAAGUUUUACACCCAAGAAGAGUGUGAUCUUGGGUUAGACAACUUUCUUUUGGCAGCAAGCAUUAGGGAAUAGGUCACGUUACCCUAGUUCCUUAAAGGUGUUGUCUUCCAGUCUUUUUUCUGUGCCUAAAAGAUCUUUCUAUACCAUCUUAUUUAUAAGUUUUAUCCUGGCACUUCUAGAGAAGGCUUGAGAAUCAGAUGUUACUUUGGAGCAUACAUUUCUGAGUAGUAGUUGCAGGUGGUUGGGGUUGACUGCAUUGGGUGAAUAAAAUGAACAAUUUGAACAGUUCUGUUGUAGCUAAUUAUAUGAAAAAUGCCUAAAUGCUUCAAAGCACGGCUGUUUUUUACAGUCCUUGUUUUCAGUAGACCUUGAUAUUUAGACAAUUUGGGUUCAAUUAUUGGAGAUUAUUUUUAUUUCUCAAUUGAGGAUGUGUGUAUAAUCUUAUUAAACACUAUAAAAGAUGAAAUGAAAUAAUCUUUUUUUUAGGUAGGCCUCUUAAUUUCUGAGGCAUGUUCUUGGAGUUGAGUGCUUUUAAAAUAUUCUUUACUAAAAUGCUAGGGGGCAUUGUGCUUGACACUUUACAGGGAGAUGUUACUAAGAGUAAACAGUGUUCUUCACAUCAGUGUUUCACAACUUACUUAGCACAGUAAAUCAGAAUCUUCUUUUCUGAAUUCCUGCUCCCUAUUAGGUUGCAGUGUUCACUGACCUUGCAUAUCAGUGUCAUUUAAGCUAUUUCUUGCCUAGAAAACAGGUCCAGUGAUAGACAUGUAUUAUGUAAUGGAUAGAAGUUGUCAUGACCCUCAAUAACUCAUUUAUGGAGGAAGAGAAACCGUCAUGAAGUGAAAUUUAAGCAGUGACUUUCCCAAGGCUUACCCAAUUUAUUUGGGAAAAUAGCCAGAGAAGUCUUUCGUGUGUAACCCCAAAGAGAAAUAUACAGAUGUCAGUUUCAGUAGUUACAGAUCAUUGCCUUUCUACAUGCCUAUUUAACGAGCAAUAUCUUCUAGCAAAUACUUCUGCUUGUGGAGACUUACAGGAUACAGUUAAGAGGGCGUAAUAGCUAUUAAGUGAGAAAGGGUAUGGUCUCAUUUAUGAGGAUAAAUCAAAUAACUGUAUUCAGACAGAUUGAAUUAUAGGUUGGUACAGUGAAUACUUUUGCUUUUGGGAUAGUUACUUAAAAGGAAAAAAUUAAAAUUCACAUAUCUAGUUUUGGCUUUUCAAUUUUACUUUGAUUUAAUUGAGUACACAUGGGGUCAAAUGUGACCUAAGCUACAAGGUAAAACUGUGCUGUUAAGUGAUACUUGCAUGACUCAUAGUGGGAUGUGAUUCUUCUGCUUGUAGGAAUGAGAUCAUAUGAUUUGAAGGAAAGUUUAAGGUAGAAAUGACCUAUUUCUGUUUAGAAUUCCUUAUGCCUGAAAAGUGCUACAUUUUAUUUUUCAAGAAAUGUUACUUAAACAUUCUUUAAAGAGGUAGAAAAUCUAAUCGCCAACUUUAUUUGGAAAGGAAAGAGACCCUGGAUAAGCAAAGCACUGCUGAAGAAGAACAAAGUAGGAGGCCUCACGCUUCCCGAUCUCAGAACCUGCUAUGUAGCCACAGUAGUCAAAACAGCCUCGUACUGUACAACGACAGACACAUAGACGAGUGGAAUAGAAUUGAGAACUAAGAAGUAAAUCCAUCUACCUGAUCUUCAGCAAAGGGCAGAAAUCCAUUAAAUGGAGAAGAGUCCCUUUAACAGAUGGUGCUGGCAAAACUGGAUAUCCAUUUGCAGAAAAAUGAAACAGGAUCCACACCUCACACCAUAUACAAAAACUAACUCAAGAUGGAUCGAAGACCUAAGUGUAAGACCUAAAACUAUAAAGAUCUUGAAAGAAAAAAUAGGGACAAACCUAGGGGCCCUUAAUUUAUGGCACAAAUAGACUAUCAAACAUAACUAAAAGUACACAAACAGUAGAAGGUAAACUAGACGACUGGGAUCUCCUAAAAAUUAAAUGCUUACGUACAUCAAAAGACUUCUCCAAAAGAGUAAAAAGAGAACCUACAGAUUGGCAAAAUUUUUUUGGCAGUGAUAUAUCUGACAAGGGAGUAAUCUCAAAAAUGUAUAGAAAACUUCAAUACCUCAACAGCAAAAAGGCAAACAAUCCAAUUAAAAAAUUGGCAAAGGUCAAGAACACAUACUUCACCAAAGAAGACAUAUAGGUGACCAAGAAAUAUAUGAAGAGACACUUGUGAGCAUUAGCCAUUAGAGAGUUGCAAAUCAAAACAACAAGGCAGUGUCAUCGCACUUUGGCAAUAAUGACAGUGAUGAAAAAAAAAAAAACAAACAACAAAUGCUGGUGAGGAUGUGGAAGAUUGGAACCCUUAUACACUGCUGGUGGAAUUGUAAAACGGCAUAACCACUGUGGAAAGUGGUAUGGUGCUUCCUUAAAAAGUUAGAGAUACAGAUACCAUAUGAUCCAGUAAUCCCACUAUGUAUAUAAUCCUAGAGAAAUAAGAGCCGUGGCAAGAAUAGAUUUGUGCACACCCACGUUCAUCACAGCAUUGUUCACACUAGCAAAAAGAUGGAAGCAACCUAAGUGCCUGUUAACAGAUGAAUAGAUGAACAAACUACGGUACUCACACACAAUGGAAUACUAUACAGUGUUAAAGAAUAAAGGUGAACCUGGAUGGACCUGGAGAACGUUAUGCUAAGUGAAAUAAGUCAAAUACAAAAGGACAAAUAUUGUAUGAGACCACUAUUAUAAAAAGUAAAGAAAAGGUUUUACACAUAGAGAGAAACAUUCUUUGAUGGUUACCAGGUUUGGGGGGGGAGAGAGGGGAAAUCGCUAACUAGAGAGUAGAAAUGCAUUAACUUGAGUGAAAGGAGAGGCAGUACACAAUAAGGGGGAGGUCAGCACAACAUGCCCAAGGCAAAGGAAGACACCGGAGUUAAGGAGAUACGCAAGAGUAAAAGGCAACAAUGGUAAAUACUGUUAGGUACACAAUCCUGCAAUAACAGUAAUAAACAGUAAUUUAUGAGUGGAUACAUACGUAGAUACAUGUGCUGAACAGGUGUGGAUGGUGUAUGGGAGUAAACCGAGGAGCCUGUGUAGGUUUGUCAGAGGAUAUUUCUACAUAGAUAUUUGUAUGUGCUACAAAUAUAUCCAUGUAUAUAGUAGAGCACAGAGGGGGCAAAAUUAUGAAAACUCCUUAACCAAAUACCUUGAGGGACCGAGUCACAGGGCUUGAGGACCGUAGUCUUGGGGGACAUCUAGGUCAAUUGGCAUAACAUAGUCCAUAAAGAUAAUGUUCUACAUCCUACUUUGUUGAGUAGCGACUGGGGUAUUAAAAGCUUGUGAGCAGCUAUCUAAGAUACAACUAUCGCUCUCUUCCCAUCUGGAGCAAAGAAGAAUAAAAUCAGAGACUCAAGGAAACAAUUAGUCCAAAGGACUAAUGGACCACAGGAAACACAGCCUCUGCUAGCCUGAGACCAGAAUUAGAUGGUGCUGGCUUUUUUUUUUUGGCUACCACUGCAGACUGCUCUGAACAGGAUCACAGUAGAACGUCCUGGACAGAGUGGGAGAAAAAUGUAGGACAAAAUUCAAAUUCAUAAAAAAGACCACACUUACUGGAGUGAUAGAAACUGGUGGACCCCUGAGACUAUGGCCCUUAGGCAUCUUUCAAACCUGAAACAACCCACUCCCAGACAUCACCUUUCAGCCAAAUAACAUAUGGGCCUGAAAAGUGAACAGUAACACCUGUGAGGAACAUGCUCCUCAGAACAAUUAACCUUAAGAGACCAAAAGGGCAGCAUUUGCUCAGAAACUAAGUUCAAAAGGCAGGAAGGGGCAGGAAAGAUGGGUGAAUGGAAAUGGCUAACCUAGGGAGUUAGUGGAUAGAGUGCUGUCACACUGAGGUGAUGGCAACUAAUGUCACAAAACAAGAUGUGUAUAAAUUGUUGAAUGGGAAUCUAAUUUGCUCUGUAAACUUUCACCCAAACCAUAAUAAAAUGUUCCACCCCCCAAAAAAAGUCACGAGUCAUAACUAGUUUUUUUCUUCAUUAUUAAAAUUGUAGAUAAGUAUUUAAGUCUGCUAAGUAAACGUUACAUUAAGACUUCUUGUUAGCUUCUGUCAACUUUUUUCUGUCAACUCAUGGAGACCUCAUGCGUUACAGAGUAGAACUGCUCCAUAGGGUUUUCUUGAUUGUAAUCUUUAUAGAAGCAGUUUGCCAGGCCUUUCUUUUGCGGAGCUGAUGGGUGGGUUCAAGCUGUUAGCUUUUAAAUUAGCAGCCAAUCACAAACUGCUUGCGCCAUCCAGACUUUUAAGUUUAAGACUGGAAACUUAAAAAGUGACGGUUUUCAUAGUAACAGGUGCUCUUUUUCUGCACUAUGUUUAUGCUUUUAGAAGGUAGUAUAAGAGCAGACAAAUGUGUGUUUUACACAUAUUGUAUCAGAAGCAUUGGUGGAGGAAGAUCAGAGAAUGAAGCAGUUUGGUUAAUCAAAUGAUAAUAAGUACAUCAGUUAUCAAUUUUCAGAGAAAUAUAGUGUAGAACAUGCAGAGAUUAUGUAGAGUAUAAUUCUAUGGCUCUUCAGGUUUUUCAGUGCCUUGGAGUCAGAGUGAGUUCAAAUCCUGACUUUGCCAUUAUGUGACUGAGGACAAAGUCCUUAACCUCCGUGUGCUUUAAUUUCAUCAUCUGCAAAAUGGGAAUAAUAACAGUUGGACCAGUUACGGAUUGAAUUGUGUCCCCCAGAAAUACGUGUUGUAAAACAUAGCUUUUAUGCCUGUGGUUAUAAUCUCAUUUGGGAAUGGGUUGUCUUUGUUAUGUUAAUGAGACAGGAUUAGUGUAGAGGGUAUUUUGAGUCAGUUUCUUUUGAGAUAUCAAAGAUUAAACGCAAGCCAGCAAGCAGAGAUGGCCGAAUACAGACGCCAGGCAUGUGAAGAUUGCCCAGGAGCAGAAGCUCAGAAGAGACAAGGACCUUCCUCCAGAGCUGACAGAGAGAAAGCUUUCCCCUAGAACUGGCACUCUGAAUUUGGACUUCUAGCUUCCUAGACUGUGAGAAAAUAAAUUUCUGUUUGUUAAAGCCACCCACUUGUGAUAUUUCUGUUGUAACAGCACUAGAUAACUAAGAUGGUACUCAGCCUUGUAAAAUGGUUAGAUGACUUAAUUCCUGUAUUUAGAAUAGUUCUGGUUUAACUUAUUUAAUAGCUGGAUUAAUUUAUUGACCUUUUACUGUGAACUUUGUUUAUUUAUCCAUUACAUAUGGGCGUGUGUAUAUAUAUGUAUGCACACACACAUACAUACAUAUGUAUACAUAUAUACAGGAUUCUCUGGGUGGCACAAAUGGUUAAGUGCUUGACUGUUAGCUGGAAGGUUGGCGGUUUGAACCCACCCAAGGGUGCCUUGGAGGACAGGUGUGGUAAUCUGCUUUUGAAUGGCCACAGCCUUGAGAACCCUAUGGAGCAGUUCUGCUCUGCACACAGGGGGUCACCAUGAGUUGGAACUGACUGGAUGGCAACUAGCCACAAGGUAUAUAUAUUGAGCACCUAUUACGCACCACAUGUUCUGGGUACUGGCGAUACAACUGAACAAAGCAGACAAAAAUCUAUUCUCGUGGAGCUUUUGUAUUCUAGUUAGAGAGACAAGUAAUAAAAUAAAUUGCAUAGUAAAUUAAAAGUGGAUAAGUGCUAUGAAAAGAAAUUAAGCGGGAGAGGGAGAUAGGUAAUGGGGGCAUAGGACAGGGGUGGCUGGAGGCCUUAUUUUGAGGAAGGUGGGAAGCCACUGUGGAGUUUUUAACGAAGGAAUGAUAUAAUCUGACUUAGGUUUUAAAAUAAUUGCUCUGUAUGUAUGUAGUAUGGGAACUUACAGUGCAAGACAGAAGCAAGGACACUAGUCAGGAGGUUAGAUUGUAAUAUUCCAGGCCAGAGUAGCUCUGACUAAGGUGAAGUGGUGAAGAGUGUGUGGAUUUUGGGUAUGUUUUAAAGGCAGAGCAAUUAGUGUUUGGUGGUGAUUGGAUGUGGGAUGUGAGCAGAAGAUAAGGGAUAACUAAGGCUUUUGGCCUGAGCAACUAGAAAAAAAAAUUCCAGUAACUGAGAUGGAGAAGGCUGUUGGUGGAGCAAGUUUGGGAAGAGAUCAGAAGUUUAGGGGAGAUGUCUAGGUUUUAGUGAGAAAUUUAACUGUUGUCAGGUUAUAUAUGGUAUUUAAAAUUAUGAAAUGGCUGAGAUCAUCAGGGAAUGAAUUUAGAUAGAGAAAAGAUCCCAACAUCUGAGCCUUGGGUACACCGAUUCAUUUAUUUAUUCAUUCAAGUUAUUUAUUAUGAUUCUAGGUACUUUUUUAGGCACUGGAGUGAACAGAACUGACAAAAAUCCCUGCCUUCCAAGGUCAUGGAAGCUCCAUAGCACAUCCAAACUCCCUGAGGGAUUGAAACAUUGGGCUGAGGGCUGUGGAGACCAUAGUCUUGGGGAACAUUUAGCUCAAUUGGCAUAACAUGGUUUAUAAAGAAAGUGUUCUACAUUCUACUUUGGUGAGUAGCAUCUGUGGUCUUAAAAGCUUGUGAGUGGCCAUCUAAGAUACUCCACCAGUCUCAGCCUAUCUGGAGCAAGGGAGAAUGAAGAAAACCUAAGACACAAGAGAAAGAUUAGUCCAACUACUACGGUCUGCACCAGACUGAGUCCAGCACAACUACAUGGUGCCUGGCUACCACCAUUGACUGCUGUGACAGAGAUCACAAUAGAGGGUCCCAGACAGAGCUGGAGAAGAAUGUAGAAAAAAAUUCUAACUCAAAAACAGACCAGACUUACUGGCCUGAGAGAGACUGGAGAAACCCUGAGAAUAUGGCUCCCAGACACCUUUUUAGCCCAAUAGUCAAGUCACUCCUAAGGUUCACCCUUCAGCCAGAGAUUAGACAGGCCCAUAAAACAAAACGAGACUAAAGGGCACACCAGCCCAGGGACAAUGACAAGAAGGCAGGAGGGGACAGGAAAUCUGGUAUUAUGGAACCCAGGGUCGAAAAGGGAGAGUGUUGACAUGUUGUGAGCUUGGUAACCAAUGUCACAAAAUGGUAUGUGUACUAAUGGUUUAAUGAGAAGCUAGUUUGUUCUAUAAACCAUCUAAAGUACAAUUAAAAAAAAAAUACAUUAGGUGGAAUUGAAAAAAAAGAAGAAUCCCUGCCUUCAUGGAACUUACAUUCUAGAUACACUGGGGAACGAAUAGGAACUCAACAAAGGGGGUUGAUAAGAGACCAUUGAGUUAGGAGGAAAACCAGGGAAGUGUGAUGUACUGGAAGUGAAGGAAAGGAAUUUUCAAGGAGGAGGGAAUGAUCAACUCCUAUUGUUUAAAGAUGCGUCAGAGCAUUGGGUAAGAGAAUUUUGCUUGAUGAGAAUGUCUAGUAACAGAAAUGACUAAAUGCUUUUCAGUGUGAGGUGAAUGAGACAAGUGUAAGAAUGGUUCAAUUUUUUUACUUCUCUGAACCCACUUGAAAAAAAAUUUAUUCUUUUCAGAACAAAAUAGGCAGCCUGGGAGUGUAUGCCUGUACUAAGAGUAUGCGUGUUGAGUGUUUGCGUGGUGUUGUUUCUAAUCUUAUGCAUGCUUAUUUUUUUUAAAAAAUAGAUAAUACAUGUACCAAAUCAGAAGGUAUGAAAGAGUGUACAGGGAAAAGUAAGUCUCUCCUGUCCCAUCCGGUUCUCCUUUCUGGAGGCAACCACUGCUUCCAGUUUCUUGCUUUUCCUACCAGUGAAAUUCUGUGGAUAUACAGGCAAUAAUAUGGCACUUAGCUAUCUUAAAAUGAGUAAAUAUAACUAAUAUUUUCUCUUCUAGGCAUUUUUUGCAGGCUAAAUAUUUGUUUUCAUAAUUUAAGUCUAGCUACCUGCAGACCAUUUUGUUUCAUAAAGCUGUAUUGAGAUGUAAUUUGAAUACCAUACAAUUCACCUGUUUAAAGUAUACAGUUUAGUGGUUUUGGUAUAUUACAGAGUUGUGCUACCAUCAGUAUGAUCAAUACUGGGAUAUUUUCAUCGCCCUAAAAAGAAGUUAGCAGUCACUUCCCUGGCCUUUUGAUUUUUUAUAAUAUGGUGUAAGAUAUUUCUUCAAGAUUGGACAGCUGGGACCUGUUAUUUUUGACUAGCUUUAAGCUGACUUAUAGCCAUAGAGAAACCUCACGGAGUUCCAUUUUGUUUUUCUGCUUUACACCUUUCCUGGCAUCUAAGGUCAUCUUGCAACAAUGUAUGGAAGCGCUCGCUCAGUUGGGAAGGUGGAACAGAGCAACCAGAGCCCUGGGCGUUCACCUAGGCUUCCACGUUCCCCUCGCUUGGGUCAUCGUCGAACCAAUAGUACAGGAGGGAGUUCUGGAAGUAGCGUUGGAGGUGGCAGUGGGAAAACCCUUUCAAUGGAGAAUAUCCAAUCCUUAAAUGCUGCCUAUGCCACAUCUGGCCCUAUGUACCUAAGUGAUCAUGAAAAUGUGGGUUCAGAAACACCUAAAAGCACCAUGACACUUGGUCGUUCUGGGGGACGUCUGCCUUAUGGCGUUAGGAUGACAGCUAUGGGCAGUAGCCCCAACAUAGCUAGCAGUGGGGUUGCUAGUGACACCAUAGCAUUUGGAGAGCAUCACCUCCCUCCUGUGAGUAUGGCAUCCACUGUACCUCACUCUCUUCGUCAGGCAAGAGAUAACACAAUCAUGGAUCUGCAGACACAGCUGAAGGAAGUAUUAAAGGAAAAUGACCUCUUGCGGAAGGAUGUGGAAGUAAAGGAGAGUAAAUUGAGCUCCUCAAUGAAUAGCAUCAAGACCUUCUGGAGCCCAGAGCUGAAGAAAGAACGAGCCCUGAGAAAAGAUGAAGCCUCCAAAAUCACCAUUUGGAAGGAACAGUAUAGAGUUGUGCAGGAGGAAAACCAGCACAUGCAGAUGACAAUCCAGGCUCUCCAGGAUGAGUUGCGAAUCCAGAGGGACCUGAACCAGCUGUUUCAGCAAGAUAGUAGCAGUAGGACCGGUGAGCCUUGUGUGGCAGAGCUGACGGAGGAGAACUUCCAGAGGCUACAUGCCGAGCAUGAGCGCCAGGCUAAGGAGCUGUUUCUUCUUCGAAAGACUCUGGAGGAAAUGGAGCUGCGUAUUGAGACUCAGAAGCAAACGCUAAAUGCACGGGAUGAAUCAAUCAAGAAGCUUCUGGAGAUGUUGCAGAGCAAAGGACUUUCUGCCAAGGCAACUGAGGAAGACCAUGAGAGAACAAGACGACUGGCAGAGGCAGAGAUGCAUGUCCACCACCUAGAAAGCCUUUUGGAGCAGAAGGAAAAAGAGAACAAUAUGUUGAGGGAGGAGAUGCAUCGGAGAUUUGAGAAUGCCCCUGAUUCUGCCAAAACAAAAGCUCUGCAAACAGUUAUUGAAAUGAAGGAUUCAAAAAUUUCUUCUAUGGAGCGUGGGCUCCGAGACUUGGAAGAGGAAAUUCAGAUGCUGAAAUCAAAUGGGGCGUUGAGUACUGAAGAACGGGAGGAAGAAAUGAAGCAAAUGGAGGUGUAUCGGAGCCAUUCUAAAUUUAUGAAAAAUAAGGUAGAGCAACUGAAGGAGGAACUAAGUUCGAAAGAGGCUCAAGGGGAGGAGCUGAAAAAGAGAGCGGCUGGUCUUCAGGCUGAGGUCUUUGCAAUUGGUCAGGUGAAGCAGGAGCUGUCCAGAAAGGACACAGAACUCCUAGCCCUGCAGACAAAGUUAGAAACACUCACGAACCAGUUUUCAGACAGUAAGCAACACAUUGAGGUGCUGAAGGAGUCCUUGACCGCCAAGGAACAAAGGGCUGCCAUCCUACAGACAGAGGUGGAUGCCCUCCGAUUGCGUUUGGAAGAGAAGGAAACCAUGCUGAAUAAAAAGACAAAACAAAUUCAGGAAAUGGCUGAGGAGAAGGGGACACAAGCGGGAGAGAUUCAUGACCUUAAGGAUAUGCUGGAUGUGAAGGAGCGGAAGGUUAAUGUUCUUCAGAAGAAGAUUGAAAAUCUUCAAGAGCAACUUAGAGAUAAGGAAAAGCAGAUGAGCAGCUUGAAAGAACGAGUCAAAUCCUUGCAGGCUGACACCACCAACACUGACACAGCCUUGACAACUUUGGAGGAGGCCCUUGCAGAGAAAGAGCGGACAAUUGAACGCUUAAAGGAGCAGCGGGACAGAGAGGAGCGAGAAAAGCAAGAGGAAAUUGAUAACUACAAAAAAGAUCUUAAAGACUUGAAAGAAAAAGUCAGCCUAUUGCAAGGCGACCUCUCAGAAAAAGAGGCUUCACUCUUGGAUCUGAAGGAACAUGCUUCUUCCCUGGCUUCUUCAGGACUGAAAAAGGACUCCCGGCUGAAGACACUAGAGAUCGCUUUGGAGCAGAAGAAGGAGGAGUGUCUAAAAAUGGAGUUGCAGUUGAAAAAGGCACAUGAGGCAACACUGGAAGCCAGAGCCAGUCCAGAGAUGAGUGACCGAAUACAGCAAUUGGAGAGAGAGAUUACCAGGUACAAAGAUGAAUCCAGCAAGGCACAGGCAGAAGUUGACCGUCUCUUGGAAAUCUUGAAGGAGGUGGAAAAUGAGAAGAAUGAUAAAGAUAAGAAGAUAGCUGAGUUGGAAAGGCAAGUGAAAGACCAGAAUAAGAAGGUAGCAAAUCUGAAGCACAAGGAGCAGGUGGAAAAAAAGAAGAGUGCACAGAUGCUAGAGGAGGCUCGACGAAGGGAGGACAAUCUCAAUGACAGCUCCCAACAGCUACAGGACAGUCUCCGUAAGAAGGAUGACAGGAUUGAAGAGCUGGAAGAAGCGCUAAGAGAAAGUGUACAGAUAACUGCAGAGCGGGAAAUGGUGCUAGCACAAGAGGAGUCAGCCAGGACCAGUGCUGAAAAACAGGUGGAGGAGUUACUGAUGGCCAUGGAGAAAGUAAAGCAGGAACUAGAAUCUAUGAAAGCAAAGCUAUCCUCAACCCAGCAAUCACUGGCAGAAAAGGAAACUCAUUUGACCAAUCUUCGGGCAGAGAGGAGAAAACAUUUAGAGGAAGUUCUGGAGAUGAAGCAAGAAGCUCUUCUAGCCGCCAUUAGUGAAAAAGAUGCCAAUAUAGCACUUUUGGAGCUUUCCUCCUCGAAGAAAAAGACCCAAGAGGAAGUAGCUGCAUUAAAGCGAGAGAAGGAUCGUCUGGUGCAGCAGCUCAAGCAGCAGACACAAAAUCGAAUGAAGCUAAUGGCCGACAACUAUGAGGAUGACCACUUCAGAUCCUCCCAUUCCAAUCAAACCAAUCAUAAACCCUCCCCAGACCAGAUCAUCCAGCCCCUCUUAGAACUUGACCAAAAUAGAAGCAAAUUAAAGUUGUAUAUUGGACACCUGACAGCCCUCUGCCAUGAACGAGACCCCCUGAUCCUUCGUGGACUCACUCCACCAGCUUCCUAUAACUUGGACGAUGACCAGGCAGCUUGGGAGAAUGAGCUGCAGAAGAUGACCCGUGAACAGCUUCGGAAUGAGUUAGAAAAAGGUGAGCGGGACAAUGCCGAACUGCAGGAGUUUGCCAAUGCCAUCCUCCAGCAGAUAGCAGAUCAUUGCCCUGACAUCCUAGAGCAAGUGGUCAACGCAUUAGAAGAGUCAUCAUGACCCUGCUUCAUGGCAGUGUCUAGCCCAGCAGCCUGAUACAGUCAAUCCGGGAGCCAAGAAAGGAAGAGUAUGAGGAACAGGCACCCAGAAACGUUUUAGCACCAAACACUACAAACUACAUCCUAUCUUGAUCAGUUCUUCAAGAGUGAUUCCAGCACCAUUUCUACAUCUGUCAUCCUACUCUGCCUUUCUGCUUUGAAUGUUGUCCCUACCCUAAUUUUCUUGAUUUCCUGAAUGGGUAAGUGGCUGAAUCUCCACAAAUAACUUUCAUCCAGUCAUCAGCAGUGGAGAACUAUGGAAGCUGGUGGCUCUGCUCUUACAGAGGGGCAUGGAAUAGAGAGCCCUCUUACUUUCUGUCCUUUGACAUGAGAAUUAAAUCUGGAAUUUACUUGGAGUUCAACAUGAGAGAAUGCCCCUCAGUGAACCAGAAAGCUAAGUGUGCUAACAUCAUAAUAGGUGCUUUCUCCUAAAAGGGUGGAAAAAAAAUCUCAAAAAGAGAGAGAGUAUUAAAAAGAGGGAGAACAGAGACUAAGAGAAAACCAACUCUUCCUUUUACUGUCUCUUGCUUAUUUUUCAUGUGUAAUGUUUUUUUGUGCUGCAAAAGACCUCUUUAAAGUGUUAAAAAGCAAAGAUGUCACUUUGAGGACUAAGGUGCACCAGACUCAACCCAUGGUAUUUUCAGUCACCUCAUAUGCAUGUGAAAGCUGUACAGUGAAUAAGGAGGACCGAAGAAAAAUUGAUACAUUUAAAUUAUGGUGUUGGGGAAGAAUAUUGAGUAUACCAUCAACUACCAGAAGAACAAACAAAUCUGUCUUAGAAACAAGGAUGGCAAGACUUCGUCUCACGUACUUUGGAAAUGUUAACAGAAGGGACCAGUCCCUGGAGAAGGAUAUCAUGCUUGGUAAAGUAGAGGGUCAGCAAAAAAGAGGAAGACCCUCAACAAGAUGGAUUGACACAGUGGCUGCAACAAUGGGCUCAAACAUAGCAGAGACAAUGAGGAUGACACAGGACCAGGCAGUGUUUCGUUCUGUUGUUCAUUGGGUCGCUAUGCGUCAGAACCGACUAGAUGGCACCUAACAACAACAACAAUAUUUUAUGCAGGGGAGCUGUAGGCAGACCUCAUAAUCGCUUAGCAAACUCUAAUACCCCAAGUUUGGAGUCUUCCCCCCAACCCUGUCUGUCUCGACCUUCCUUGCACUUCUCACCCAGUCUCUCCCUAGCCUUUCUUGUUUAAGACCUUUGCCCUGUUACAUUUCGUUUGCCAGAUAAAAUGUCUCAAAUUGGAAGAAAGAGAAGAGGGGUUUGACUUGUGAGACACUGUAGUCACCACCUACGGCUUUGCUCCUAUAGAAGACCAUUCCUUUGGGUCAGGCUGGUUUCUCCUGAACAUCUCCCUCAUCAGCACUCAAGGUCCCUGGGCCCCAAAAGAAUGCUGUCUUCCUUCCCAUCACCCAUGUUGCAGAGCCCUUGCAGCUCAGUGGUUGCUGAAGUGUAUAACCUAUCUUCCCUCCUGUGAGCUUCGUACCUGACUCUUAGUCCCAGAACCACGGCUGCAUGCAGUGCCUAGAACCUUCUUCUGACACAAAUGAGUACUGCUUGUCCCACACACAUUUCUUCUUCCAUUCAUUCCGAGAGUGUUUAUAAACUGCAUACUGUGUGCAAGCCACUGUGCUAAGCAUCCAUCCUUGAAAAAUCUCUCUUCAAUGAGGGAGAGGAUUCUAUGAGAAAUCCCUGGUUGAUUCAGAGUAGUAAAAAGCAUACCCUUCCCCUCCCUCAUUUUAAUAGAAGAUAUCUUCUUUAGAAAAGUCUUCCAUAAAUCAGCAUUUCUAAUUAUAAUGGAAUUGAUGUCUUUGGGGAAGUCGAAGCACCUAUUUCUGCAGGAUCCCAUUUUGUGAUUCAGAAUUUUGGUGGUGGUUGUCGUUCCCCUGAAAGAAUGAACUGUUCAGGGAACUAUGAAUAUCUACUUGUGGGUAGUGGUUUCUCAGCACACCAACGUGCACCUUGUGGAACUGGGCUAGCUCCACGUUGCAAAUCAGAAAGCUGACCCCAAAGUUGCAAAUCCAGUUGAAGGUGUUGGCAUUUUGAAGGGCAUUUUUCCCAAGCAUAGACAAUGGCAGUGGUAAAUAAUCAGGCACCAAGAAAUAAACCACUUAACCCACAUCUAGCCCUUUGACCAGCUCUACCACCAGACACCCACCAGACACUCACAUCUUCUAAGAGUUGCUAGGCCAAAUGAUUUCGUCUUACAUUUUCUACUCUCCCCUUCCCCCAAUUACUCACCCAAAGAAUUUAACGCUGCCUGUAAAGUCAUCACAGCCAUCAGUCCAGUAUCUUGCACCACCAGCCUUUGACUGUCCCAUUAACUUAUAUGGUCAGAUUCCCAGCUGCUCUUAUUCCCCUCUGUAAAACAAUCCCUCUCCCUGUGAGAAGCUGUGGAGGGUUCUUUAUUGAAGGUUUAAAUGGACUCUGCUCGUAAACGUCUUACUGAGAUGCUUCCUGAUAGUGAGGCUGGCCAAAGAGGGGUGCAGGGGUUAGGGAGUAACUGGUGGUUGUUUGUGGUCAAUUACCUCAAUUCCUUUUUUUUAUUGCAUUGCCCAUAAAUCAUACAGAAAGCCCCUAAUACUUCAGGGCUGGAGUAUUGGGAUCUCACUUUACCUACCAUAAUGCAAAGAACUGAGGUAUGAUAACACCCUUCACAGGACCACAGCAGAACAGAAAGCAGAAGUGGCUGGGCCUGGCACUGGCCUGCUUUUCUCUGCCUGUUCUGGCAAGGGAAGGCAUCAAGCAGAUCUCCUGGACUCCAUCCAUUUGGCCUUUAUCAUCAAAUACAAUACCUACCACUCUUGUCCACUUAGUGUGUGACUCUCACUGUACCUCCUUCCUCCCCCUCUUUAUUUCCGUCCUCCCCGUAACUUUCACGUCAGAAAACUUAUGGAAGCCAUCUGUGGCAAACACUUCUAAGAAGAAAAAUUUCUGGGACAGACAUCAUCUGGCUGGCCUCUAUGAGCCAUAGCAGGGAAUCGCCUUGAUCCUUCUUGGGUGGUGAUCCUGACAUCUCAAAUGAUUAUGAAAUUGUUUGGCUUUAGAUGAAAGUAAACUCUGGCUAAAGUUUAAUAGAACAUGGCCUGUCUUUAUAUUGUAGGGGCAAAGUUAAUACCAUGUCUAGCAUUUAUAAUGUCCUAUUGAGUUUAUACAAUUCAUUGAGCCAACAUUUAUUAAAUACACAACUCCCAUCACACUAGGAUUCCAUGGCUCUCUUCUGGUGUUCAUAGUUUCACAAGGUCACUCAACUGCUAUCAAAAGUCUGUAGCCUUGAAAACUCAAUGCAAAUUACCUAAUGUCCACCAAACUCAUCCAUUCCAUUGGCAAGUCUGCUUGUCCAUUAAUACCUGAAGGUCUGUACCCCAAAUCAAGAUCAUCAUAAAGGUGACGAUGAGAAAUGGGUAGAAUCCAACCUGGGGUUCAUGACUAAAGAAAUACAAUGUGAGUUUCUCAUCUUUUCAUACCCCUAUUCCAGGUACUCAUCCAGUUAUUGAUGAAGUAUCUGAAUUGAGAUUUUUCAAGGACUUGGAUACCAUUUGAAUUGGAAAAGUUUUUAAAUAGGCUUUAACAUAUUAUGAAAUAUGAAUGGGAACCCCCAGAUCUGUCUCAGCUCUAACAUUGACCUUGCAUCUUACAGUCUAAAGAAGAUUCAGGUACUUCUCUCUCUUCCUUUCACUUUGGCUUCAGACAUAACUAAUAAAGCCAACUGGACCUAAA